AUGGACUUUUACAUGAGCGAAAUAGAAGGGAAAAGAGCGCAUGAUCCAAUUCUGAUAGAGAAAAUGGGAAAGAAUAUGGAUUGUUGCUCGUCGCGGAGGCGCGUGUACGUACCGGGGCCGGUGGUAGUCGGGGCGGGGCCGUCGGGGCUGGCGGUGGCGGCGUGCCUGAAGAGGAAAGGGGUGCCGAGCGUGAUCGUAGAGAGAUCCAACUGCAUAGCGUCCCUUUGGCAGUUCAAGACCUACGACCGGCUGCGCCUCCAUUUGCCCAAGGAGUUCUGCGAGCUCCCCUUCAUGGGAUUCCCCGCCGACUUUCCCAAAUACCCGACCAAGAGCCAGUUCGUGCAGUACUUGGAGGACUACGCCGCCGAAUUCGGCAUCUCCCCGCGCUUCAACCAGACCGUGUCGUCCGCCGAGUACGACCCCACGCUCGGCUUCUGGCGCGUGAGGACUACUACUACUACUGCUGCUAGUACUAUUAGUACAAAUUACAACAAGGGUUUCGGUUGCGGUGGCGGGGAGGUGGCGGUGGAGACGGAAUACUUGUGCCGGUGGGUGAUAGCGGCGACGGGGGAAAAUGCGGAGGCGGUGGUGCCGGAGAUAGGGGGGAUAGGGGAGUUUGUUGGGGACAUAAGGCACACAAGCCUUUACAAGAGUGGACAAGAGUUUGAAGGGAAGAGGGUUUUGGUGGUUGGAUGUGGGAAUUCAGGGAUGGAGGUUUGUUUGGAUCUCUGCAAUCAUAAUGCUAGCCCUUCUCUUGUGGUUAGGGACAAAGUACACAUCCUACCACGAGAGAUGCUGGGAAAAUCAACUUUUGGGCUGUCCAUGUGGUUGCUCAAGUGGUUUCCUAUACGACUUGUCGAUCGCUUCCUUCUAAUCGUGUCGUGGCUACUACUCGGAGACACCUCUCGCUUCGGAUUAGACCGGCCGGUGUUGGGUCCCCUAGAGCUCAAGAACUUGUCCGGAAAGACCCCAGUUUUAGACGUUGGGACGCUGGCCAAGAUCAAAAGUGGCGACAUUAAAGUAUUUCCGGCCAUCAAGCGGCUAAAACGUCAUGCAGUGGAAUUUGUUAAUGGAAUAACGGAGAAAUUUGAUGCAAUCAUAUUAGCAACAGGUUAUAGAAGCAACGUACCCUCUUGGCUAAAGGAGGGACAAAUGUUUUCGAAAGAAGAUGGAUUGCCAAAAAGGCCAUUUCCGAAUGGAUGGAAAGGCGAAUGUGGGCUAUACGCCGUGGGGUUCACAAAGCGUGGACUGCUCGGGGCAUCAAUGGACGCCAAAAGGAUUGCAGAAGACAUUGAACGGUGUUGGAAAGCCGAGGCCAAGCACUGUACGCCCUUUACAACAGCCUUCUCAUCAUGAUCAUCACUAAUAUCGAUCAGUUUAUGCUGUUUCCAAUUAUA